AGGUUCAGGAGCCUUUUUUUUUGGAGACGUAUACUAUUAAGUUGGAGGACGACGUCGCAUCUUUAAACCAUUCAGCAUAAGUCGACGUCUCCUGCUAUUUAUUGAUUUUUAUGACACUGGACGGAGAGGCAAAGCGUGCUCGUGCGGCUCAUUCGACAAAAAACUUAAACUUUUUACAUGAACAUCCAUGAAGAAAUGAACAACGGUUGGUCGUCGGCUUCAGUACAACAUGCCCCUCAUCUUCUCGUCUGCGUUUUUGGGUAACGCAAACCUGUUGCUACCGGGAUCGGCUUCCUUUUGAAGAUUGUAUAACGAAGCGACGUACUACGGUAGUGAGAAUUUUAAUAGCGACCACGGGCAUUUUCUAGUGCAGGUGGAGAUCAUGCUCCUGAUACAGCUGCAAGGCCAACAUAGUGCUGUUCAACUCGGCGGCACGAGAGAACAUGUUGUAAUGGUCCUUUCUUGGCGAACCUCGCUUCUACAAAUAACCGAACAAGCAGCAAGACGAGGACAACUACGAGGAUAGGAGAAGUGAACAGCACAUAACGACUGUUAUAACAGUAGUCAUCCACGCCAUAACGAUUAUAACACUUCUCAACACACAAAGAUGUUUGCAGAAGGCGCUAGCUUCAACGAUUUUCGGAUCGUUCAGGAGUUAGGGCGUGGCAGUUUUGGAACCGUUUAUAAAGCCAAAUGGAAGAGCAGCACAGAAGGACUCACUGGCUCCGAACCGCAAUUUUUGGUCUUGAAAAGGAUAGACUUUAAGCCAUGGCAUCAGGAGAAACACAGACAGGCUGCGAAGAAAGAGGUACAACGACGACAGAUCAUACUACAGAAUUAUGAAAACAACUUUUAGAAUAUAGUACAGAAUGAAAACAACUCUUAGGAAUAGGAUGGCUCUUCACACCCGUCGUGCUUGAUGACUUCUUUGUUCCACUCAGAAACUUUCAUACCAAGUAUCGUACUAAGGAUCUCCAUGAUCCUUAGUUGUACACAUCGACAUCCCCGGCAUACAACAUACUAGGUCCAAAUGCUAGCCAAAGUUCGUCAUCCCAAUGUGAUUCGCUAUUUUGGGAGUUUUACGUACAAAACGAGCUUCUUCAUCUGUAUGGAGUAUGCGUCUAAAGGCGAUAUGCACCAAUUUAUCCAGAAGAGACAGAGAAGGCAAGCCUAUUUGGCAGAGGAGUUGUUGUGGCGGUUUGCGGAGCAGCUUGUGAGCGCGAUUGCGUAUUCAAAGUUUUCACCUCCUCAUUUCUUGAUGUGCAUGUUGUUACACAUCAGCAAGAGCGACAUCAUCAACGAGAAAGAUGCUAAGUUAAUGACUUCAGUGGUGUCAUUGUUAGAGUUCGAUGAGUGGAGUCGUGCCAUAUUUGGGCGCGCUCCUAUUGUCUCAAGUCUCUCCACUUCCUUGGUUAUUCUUAUGCUUGUCGACGUUUCUCGUUCUCGUUAAAAAGGCGAGCAGGGUACUCUUAUCACUCGGACAGAGAUGACUGCCUUUCUUGUCGCCACACAACCUAGAAAAUCAUCUGCCGCCAUCUCUAUGAUCUCUGUCACAGACAUCACCAACCACUCCACAAUCGAAAGAAACCACUAUCAGGCACCUUCACUCGCAUAGCAUCAUUCAUCGAGACUUGAAGCCCUUAAACGUCUUCCUUGCGGAAAACGACACGGUGAAAGUUGGAGAUCUUGGCGUCUCGAAGCUCGCAGAAGAAUUCGACCAGAAUCACACUCGUGUAGGCACACCAUUGUACCUGGCGCCGGAGCAGAUAAAACAUCAAGGGUAUUUUUUGCUGGACUACAUCUAGACUUCAUGCACUACAGGGCUAGUAGUCUCCUUCUCUUCCAAUUAAUGUUGAUUGGUGAUUCGUGGAGGUCCUCUUAGGUUGAUGAGAGCUUGGAAACCUGAGAGCUUGGUGGAAAUGGAAAAGAUCAUCUUCACUCACUCCUCUCCACGACGAACAGGUAUGAUUUCAAAGUGGAUAUUUGGGCUCUUGGCUGCCUUCUGUACCUUCUCACCGCUCUCGAGCCUCCCUUUCUUAUGAACAAACGGACACGCUUGUGGAGCAGGAGGUCAAAAUUUAGGGAAAACUUAUUAGGGGGCCAUAUUGUGGCUCGUCCCUAAUUUUCCCUAAUUUUCCCUAUGUGGGAGGUUUAAGCGUGUCCGUUUGUUUCUAACUUUCAUGGGCAGAAUUUGAUACAACUUGGCAACGACAUCGUGAGACGCAAUCCACGAUCGUUGUCUCAGUCGUAUUCGCAAGAAUGGAGGACUUUGGUUUCGCAACUGUUGACAAAAAGAGCUCCAGAUAGGCCAGACAUUUUCACGGUUGAGGCAACAUUUCAAGCGAGUAUUGCAGCAGUCGUGAUGGCGGCAAGAGGUGGUGCUCAGAAUAACUUUGGACAUCAACAAGAGGAGGGUAAGAACGAUGUCACCCCCACUUCUGGCGCAGGUACUAGGGAUGGGAGAGAAAGACGUGGCUCUUCAAGGACGCCGAAAAGGAACAGUUUCGAUGCAUUUGGGAACCCUCCUGGAGGUAGUGCUUACAACUUCUGAAUAGUGAAUGCCAAAAAUACACUCUCUCACUCUCAGUGGUCUCAAUUUCAAAAAAAUAAUUCUCUACUCAGCUGCCACCUUAUAGUAAAUUGAAGAUGAAUCUUCUGUAGGCGAAUGAUUUCUUCAGACUCAUGAUCAUGGGUGCUAAGUCUACUUCUAGUACAUCAUUGAGCAAGUGGAAAUGCUACUCGACGACGCCCCAUUGAAAGUCUACACCAACUACAUCCACGCAGAUCCCGGGAUCGCCUUACAACCUGGCGGUGCACCUCCAGCGCCUACCGAUCUCCCCGAUUUUCGUGGGGGCGGUAAGAUUCGUCCUAUGUCAGCUGGUGGCCCUAGGAGAGUUCUUGGAGUUCCUGACAAUUCUACAGCACCUAUGAUGCAUGCUGGCAAUCUUGUUCACAAAAAUGGAAAUGGAGAUAGGGUGCACAACUACAGCAGACCUGCAAGUGCCGUCGCUGCUAUUGCUGGAAGAAGUAGCUCUAGGCGAAGAGCAAGCGCUGCAGCUUCAUCUUCUAGAACAAGUUGUAGGAAGAACAAUUCUCAAGAAGAGAUGGACCACGAGGAGAGUUGUAGAGAUCAACAUGAUCCUCGGGAAGUCCUUGUAGGAAGAUCUCCAUCAUCUAAUGAUCCACGUUCUAGCAGGAAAAAUAGCCGUAGUAGGUCAGGCGGUACAAUCAGACCUGCGACUGCGGGUGCUCGAGUAGAAGUUUAUUCCGGUGCCGGUGGAGCUGGCCAAAUUCAUCCGGCCAAUGGGGUGACUGUGUCAACGGUUUGGUUAAGGGUAGGCAGCUAAAGGUGCUUUUGUUACCGAAGUUUGUUAUGCCUCUCGCCCUUAGGUGGGGACAGCCAUAACAAACGGGAUAAACGAACACCAAAAACCUCCCUCUAAUUUGGAAACAGCAAGGGCAACAUGCUCCUCUUCAAGAUAUUAAUGCUAAAAAUCUGCUACUAGAUGUAAACCAAGAAAGUUCUGCGGUAUCGAGGUCCUCCUCCAACAGCCACGCAAAUAAGAAGCGACCAAGCAGCAGUGGCGGAAUCCUUGUAGUUGGCGGAUCGUCUUCGUCAACCGCUCCACCUACAACUGCAGCAGCAGCAGCAGCAGCAGCUGUUGUGCAACAACCUGAACGAGGACCAGAAGAUGACCACGAUGAGCAUCAGGAACAUCUCUACGAUGAAGGCAACCACGGACCGAGAGGUGGUGUGACUUGGAUGAAGCAAAAGAACGAGAGCAAAGAUGCUCGCGGAGGAGGAGUUCAACUACAACAACUACUAGACAGUAGCUCUACCAAGAACAUCACGAAGAAUAGGAGAGCAGGAGAACAAGUCGUCCGACCUGUAAGUGCACCAUCAAUACGCAGAAAUCUGAAUCCGGGUGACGGGCUGCAUCGUGAGGAGCAUCCUCAGUAUGCAGCUGUGAUGAGACGUGCAAAUCCUGGAGGAAGCAGGAGGCAUAGACAUGAUCAGCAUCUUAGGAGCGAGCAAGAGGAGCAUAAGAACUAUGGGAGAGAAGAGGGCGAGGAUAGAGUUGUAGACCAUGGGUAUAAUUAUACUAGCUACGAUCAUGAUGUUGCUGUUGACCCUGCUGACCGUGCAGGAGGACAGACGUCGUCGAGAAGUCCUCAAGAAAAGCAUCAUAAUAUUGAGGAUGACGAUGAACUUCAUCAAGCAGAAAACGAAAUUAGAGGACCUUCACGAAGUCGGAGAGUAGACAGUAGAGACAGAGACACUCGUGGAUCCGGAGCUACCUAUUCACGAAGAAUUUCUGCUCCCACACCAAGAAGCCCACUUUGCAGUACCCUAGAUGCAGAAGUGGACAAUUACAUCAUCGAGGACGAUGAUAUCGAAGAUACGCUAAGACCACCACAUGAAAAUGUGGUUUUGGUUAGUUAUGACAGGGACUUUGGGGUUUAGAUAGCGUUGCAAUAAUGUGAGGAAUAUUCACCUCCUUCAUGUUCAUCGAAUAGGGUAGUUUAUUCUUCUCUGUACAACGAACUAGGCUUCUUCUCCCACUCGUUCUAACCUGCUACACAGCCACAGAAGACAGCAGGUGGACUUAGGCGACCCUCACGAGCUGGAUUCAGAAGUCGGGGAACAGAGGUUGCACCAGCAGUUGAUGAAGAUGAGGACCAACUGCAGCAGCAGGAUCGCAAUGAUCUGCAGCAGCAGCACGAUCACAAUGAUCUUCAUGGACACCAGCAUUAUUCCACUACAUCUUCUGCUCGAAACCACUCUACCUCCACCUCGAAACAGAGAAAUGCUUUCAGUAUCAGUGCAAGACCUCCUGGAUACAGCUCUGAUCAUCAUGCUCAGCAAGGACAGCACUAUCCGACGUCGAAUCCAGCAGACACUGUCGUGUUCAGAAGUCGCCCUCCUCCUUUAACUUCGCAGCUACAUCAAAAUGCACAGAUCCGAACAAGCAUUUUCACGAGGCCAGGAAGCGCGAAAGUGCCGUCUAGUGCUGUUGUUGUACUUGGCAGUAGUUCUUCUAUCGCAGGGGGAGGAGCAGCAGCCGCACACCAGCAUCAGAGUGCGCCUCUGAGAUCAACAGAAACAACACCGAAAAAACAACAGCACCACCUAGUAGGAGGAGGCGGUGACUCACUAGUACAAUCAACACAGCAACAACCUCCACCUUCUUCUGCAACAUCUUUAUCACAGCAACAGCGAAUGAAGCAGAAAAUAGUGGGAACAAGCGGGGGAGGUGGUUUUCGAGGGACGAUCAUGGUAGACUCAGACUCGUUAAUGCAGAGCGCGAGUACAACGGCAACAACCGUAGGGACAGUAGGGACCUCAACAACUACUGCAGCAGCAGCGUCUCUAGCAACUGGUGGCAAUCAUCUUUUUUAUCCACAACCACCUCAGCAUAGCUCUGGAGCUGAGAUGUAUAGUACAUCAAGAUCAACGAGUGGUGCAAGAGUUGUAGAACAAUGCCAAAAUAUUAAAGGACCAGGUGGAGCUGCAAAUCCGCCAAGACGACGGGCGCCAGCAGCUGCUUGUGCUGAAGUCAACAUAGCUGGUGACGACGAGUUAUUUAUCGUCGAGGACUUGGAUCUGACCGAGAACCCCAUAGACUUCAUAACAUCUUCUCAAGCACCUGGAUCAGGUUCAGGUGGUCAACAUCCUGGAGGUAGAAACAGUGUUUCCGUUACUAGUCCUAACCAAAAGCAACAUGUGCGUUCUUCUAUCUCUAGUGCUAGCAGCCAUUCGGGAGUUCUUGUACAACUUCCGACAUCAUCUUCCAGCACCUCGUGUGCUCCUACUCGUACUCCCUAUGGUGCACCGAGUGGCAUCGGAGGCGCCUCUGCCUCCUCGUCCUCUCAGAACUACAAUCGGCGAGCUUAUAUGCGGUAUCCACUGAGGCCUUGGACUCCACCACCUGGGUCGGCAUUAGCAACACCAACUGCGUCGAAGCAAAUGGGGAUGAAGCAACCACCUUCUUCUACUGCCACGUUUGGAAGUAGUAGGGGUGCUGUAGUACGUGCGGGGGCCCCGACUCCUUCUUCUAGAAGUACAAAUCAGCACAACGAGCAGGAGGAGCGUCCUCGUGAGCAUCAUGAAACAAGUAAACAGGAAAAUACAACUACAUCAAGUACCAGCAAGACUCCGAAAGCGACGUCCUCCGCUACUUCUUUGAACAACAAGUCAGCUGCGAAACUCGCGGAACAAAUUCGUGGGCAGCUCGUUCAACAGCACCAGCAGAUGGAAGCUAUCCAGCAACAACAUCGUCGGCCAUGGUCCUCCUCCUCAACGGUUUCGUCAAAUUCUAAGAGCCAUUCUUCAAUGAACAGCAAUUUGAACAACAAGGUCGUUCCCGUCUCUGGAGGCAUCUUUAGAGUGGAGACAAUAGGAGUAGGAGAAGAUGGAAAUGCCUGCUUUUCUGGUAUCCCUAGGCCAUCGACGUCGCGAGGAGGAGGGAAAGCUAGAUUGAGUAUUCAUGAUCUGUGAGAUGAUGAAGAUUGUUGUACUACAACGUUACAACAAUAGUUGUAGAACGGGCCAUACCCAUAGUUGUAGAAGAAAUACUUUUUCAUCACAAAUAAAUCUUUUGCAAGAACAUGAUAACGCAAAUGCACUUGCUCAACUAGUUGUUGUACGAUAAGAUAAACAAGUCCUUCUUCUCGACGUAAACGAAAACCUCUAACGCAGAUAAAAUUAUCAACGUCAAAUAAAAUGCACAGCCUGAUCAUGAAGGUGCCAAUUUUUCUAGUCCUGAAUGUGCUUUUUUUAGUCUCGACACCUGCAGUCGGAAACACAAUAAGGCAAAAAAUCAAUACGGUCAACAAGAAUCACGAAUCAACAAAAGUCUACUUUUAGUCCAUUUUCACAGAGCUAGUAGAAUUUCUUGUAAUAUUUUUCCGUUAAUAUUACUGCUCCACCACAGACGCAGAGGCUGUCCUGAACAGAAUUGAACAGAACAGGAAACUUUCAUCUUUGAGGGCUUGCAUUUUUUUCGUGAUUUUUGAGCUCAACGCGAAGAAGAGUGAAUUUGAAUCCAACACCAUCAGCAGAAAUGCCUGUGCUAGCUACGACCACGGUCUGUCUCAUUUCUCAAGAAGAAUACAGUCAUUUUUUCUUUCGCCAAAUUCACGCAACCACCCAAGUUCAUCUAUGAAAAACAACUUCCUAGUACAU